AUGUCCCAUUCCGACUCUGAUCCAGUUAGGAUCUAUCCUUUGGUAGGAAUCAUUGUUGCUAUAUGUGGCAAUAUUUUGAUUAGCGUUGCUCUAAAUAUACAACGAUACGCUCAUGUAAGAUUGGAUAAAAGAAAACGGAGAUUGAAUGGCGGGCAGCGUACAAAAUCCACCUCAUUUAUAGGUGAUGGAAUCUGGUGGGUCGGCGUUGUGAUUAUGACAAUUGGAGAAAGUGGCAACUUUCUGGCUUAUGGGAUUGCUCCUCCCUCAGUUGUAUCUCCGUUAGGAGUCUUUGCCUUGCUGUCAAACUGUGUCAUUGCUCCGGUUUUCUUCCACGAGAGAUUGAAACAACGUGAUAUCAUUGGGGUAAUUUUUUCGGUUGUGGGAAUCCUCUUGGUCAUAUUCUCAGUUCAAGAACCUGAUGAGUUACCAGUUGAGGACCCUUUAGAUGGCUUGCGUGAUGCCAUGGACCAGACCUCGUUUCGAAUCUAUGCUGUUGUUACUAUCGGGCUUAUGUUGGCCUUAGUGGCCAUUUUACGCAAUAGAUUCAAAUCCAAUCAUGAAAAUGGAAAGCCUGUAAAAAAAGGGAAAAGAGAGGUGCAAGGUAGAAGUCAGAACGUAGCCAGUGAAUCUAGCCUUUUGGCUGACAGAGAUGACAUCUCUACGGAUCUGACAUCCACGUUUACAAGCUUCUCGAAUUCUGAUUCAAAUAGAGUUGGCCCAAACCAAGUUGACUCAAGAUCCCCGAGACUGUGGAUACUUUUCGGUAAUGUGUUAUUAGUUGCAUUGUUAGGGGCAUAUACAGCACUGUCAACGAAAUCUUUAAGCAGUCUCUUGAGGUAUGACUUUGGUCGAGCUGUAAAACUUCCGACCACUUAUAUUCUUGCAUUUUUUGUAGUAUCCACUGCAGCAUUGCAAGUACUUUUCCUUAACCGAGCAUUGAAACAUUUUCCUUCUACCCUAGUGAUACCCGUUCAUUUUGGGUUUUUCACUAUAUCUGUGAUAAUCGGAUCAGAAGUAGUUUUUCACGAUUUCGAUGAUAAUUAUGACCUCGGGCAUUCACUUAUGUUUGCUAUAGGAUGUAUUUUUACGUUCAUUGGUGUGUGGUUAAUAGCAUCUUCGAGUAGCGCUAUUUAUUCUAGUGAAACGGAACCGUCACAGGAUGAAACCAACCUCAACUCGGAUGAGAAUAUGCUAGAUCAAUUAAAUGAAGAAAGCAGUGACAUCACUCCACUGCUGAAUGAUAUCCCCACUAGACGGUCUCCUUUUAGAAGCCACUCGUAUUUGUAUACUCAUUUGAACCCUGGAUUACAAUCUAACUUGCAUGAUACCCAGCAAUUUACAUCACAUUCGUGGGGCACUUCACAUUCGCAUGACUCCAUUCCGUUUGCAUUAACUGCCCCAGGUGUUUAUAUAGGGCAGAUACUACACUCAAAGAGAAGUGCUACUUUUGAUAACACUGAUGAGGUGACGGUUAUACCCGAGCCUGGACCCUUACCAAUCCCAACCUUGACUGUGGUCAUGGCUUCAGAUAUCUCAAUCGAUGCGGACGGGCAAAUAACUCAAAAUACUCAUAAUGACAACUUAGGAAAUUGA